CAACUGCUCGACACGAAACCCAAACGUGUUUAUCAAGUAACCACGAAGGGUAAAGAAGAACGGAUUUAGGGGUUAAGGCAUUCUUUAUAGGGUAUGUCAUUUAGCCCUGCAAUGUGUAGCAGCGCAUUAACAGAGGUUUUAACUCAAGUCCUGUUCAGUUUUACUCGAAGUGUGACAGAACAUUACAAUCCUCAAGAACCUGAAUUCACUGCAGAGUCUUUUGGCUACGAUCCUCUUCAAAGCACAGGUGUGGAAUGGAACUAUCAGCCUGUCGAUGAGCUUAUUUACCAGGAAUACAGUGAGAGGGAAGUCACAGACGCUGGGUAUCUUGCUGCUUGCAAUUACAAUGUGAGAGUAAUAGAUACUUGCUCUCCAGAAGAAAAUGAUUCCUUUCAGGAUAAUCAGCAGCCAGAUGAAGACAGAUCCAUGGCUUGGAAGCGACUCCGACCCUCUGCUCUCUAUACAGUUGGUAAAUCAAUGUACAUCGCAGCAUCAAUUUCCCUUUUUGCUGCAUUUGGCACUGCUUCAAUCUUUCUGGUGGUGUCUUAUUUAUGUCUUAAAAUCCUGGACAUGUGUUAUUUCCUUCAAAACAAUUCAAUAUCAAAUCCGUCUGGAAUCAAUUGGUUCAAGUUCAUUGCUUCUAGAAUUGCUCGUGCCAUUAAUUACCUCUCUUUCAUUUGCAAUCAUUUACUUUUCCUUUUCCGUCCAUAUCAGGUCAUCAGAGUGAGAAGAAAAUUAAUUUUGAUAACUUGUGCGGCGCUUGGUCUAGACGCACUUUAUUCUGUGACUUUGCUAGCCAUGGGGAAGCCUUGUUACUCAUUCCGGCAUCCUGCCGUAUAUGCAGUUCCUUUUUACGUUAUCCCCAUCAUCUGUGGUUUCCCUUUUUAUUACUUUCUUGCGCUACAUUUUGGCCUAAGAUCAUGGAAAAAGGUUGCAUCUUUUAUUUGUAAAAUGGCAAGUCCGAUUUGUUUGACUUUUACUAUGGGCUAUGUCAUCAAGUAUUGUAUUUAUCCGUUGUUCUCUAAGCAAGACGAUCGAGGAAAGCUUGUAAUUGCUCUUUUUGCACCACUCAUUGGCGUGUUAGUCAAAGUUAUCACGCGAAUUCUGGUCCAGCGGUUAUGGAACAUUGUCCAUCCAGGAUAUGCAUAUACCUUGCUUACACCUGUAUAUUUUGGAUCAGCGAUGGUAUUUCGUGUUUUACAAGCGGAUCUCGACAGUUUGCAGAAUAUAGCCAUUCUUGGAAUAAUUCACGGCGCUUGAGAGGUCAUAGAACGAAGCACUGUUGCUGUGAUAGACCACAUUUUUCUGGUAUUUUGGCACAGAAAGACAUGUCCUUGGGGAAGUUUUCGCACUCCUCGCCGUGAGAGGCUAAUCGCAGAUAUCACCAUCAGGAGCAUGUUAUAUGAGUCAACUGCUAUAAUGUCUGCUAACGGAUUUUUGUAUUUGUACCAGUUUAUUUACGAACAAGACGAUUCAUUCCUAAAGUUCUCACAGGAGUUUGCACUUCACACCGCAGUUCAACUGGUGAUUGAGUGGUUCUUCACCAGCUUGUCUCUCGCUAUCGAGACUCGCUAUCAGAACGUGGCUGUCAUGGCUGUUUGGCAGAGAAGAUGGAAAAGACAUCUUUCAGUGGCAAUUGUCAACGCAGUCCCAAUAUCUUUAUAUACCAGUGCUGUUAUGGUAUUGAUUUUAAAUAACCGCUCAGAAACUUUGCCCUCCCAACCCUAAACUUACUAAAACUGGGGGAGUAUUCAAGGCUAUACCCCAAGUGAUGUUCCCCCAAUUCUCAAACGUUACGUCCACCACGAUGAUUCUUCGUUUACAAAAAUUAUUUUAGAGAGCGUUUAGCUUUUGUUGCAGAGGAAUGGACACGUUUGUUUUGUUCAUUAAGUCAUACCCGAGAACACUGAAAAGUGAACGUCCCCGCACACAGCAAACAGUAAGCUGUUCGUAAAACCCGUUUUCCACGCGCGUUGCAAAAUAUUUGAAGGAUGCUAGACUUAUUUAGCCUUGAUUUGGUGCGAAUGAAUGCUCGUUUAUAUCUCCUUGGACAUUACUUGUUCUUCGAAGCUGACAGUUUUCCUCGAGUUUUGCUCUCGGAAAGCUGUUCGAAUCUUGGAUUAAGCAAUGACCGCGGAAAAAUAUCCGUACGUAUUUUCGCGCCAAAUGGAGGUCAAUGUUUACAAUAUCUCCAGUUUUAGUUAGAGGAUAUUCGGUCACGUGAUGCGUGACCAAUCACGCGCGAUGCAAAAGUAUUUCAUGGACUCUAAUAAGUAAUAAUCACCAUCGAAUGAUUUUCUCGAUUGAUAUUCUACACUUUUGA